AUGGCAGCAAAAGAGUUAACUAUUUGUGGUGGUUUUUCAGCUUUAACGAGACCUGAAUUAUACUCAUAUGUGAUAUCUAUUGAAGUAAUGUAUGUACUCUCCGUCUUUUCUAUAGACAUCCAACAGAAUGACAUAGCGAGCGGUGACGUAGCUCCCUCCUAUUCCGUUCUUCAAGCAACUUACUUUGGUCAGGAGCAAAGGACCUACACAAACCUCAACAGUUAUGCCGGGCUGUACAUGCUAGAAAUGGACUCGCAUGGCAAUGAUACCAGCGUGAAGAUCUUUGUUUCGACUAAACCGGGGGUUCAUUUCCCUCAUCCACUUCUUCCUUCCAAUCCACGCGUUGGAAUUCUAAAAGUUCGAAGGAACCGCGUUUUAAUCACAUGGAUGAUAAGUCCUACGGAAUCUCAGCAUAAUCAGGUGGUGGAAUACUGUGUAUCGGCGAACCCUAGAAAGAGCUACAAGACGCAGUGUGAGGUGGAUUCUGACAUCAAUGGGGACAUACCCCCAACACCACCUCCAUGGGCGGGGUUUGGCUUUUGGUGGGAAAAGCUUGCCCGGAAGAAGCUGUUAAUGAAAGUCCGGGGUAUCAAAAAGUCUGUGACAGUUCUGGAAGAUAUAAUUUAUGAAUGUGUCGGUAGGAAGACUUGGCAUAUGUUCAGAGAUCUCCAAGAGGGCACCACUUACUUCUUUGACGUUUUUUCUGUCAAUCCAGUAAACAAUGCUAGUAUUGCCUACUUGGGAGCCAGCACGACGACAAAAGUUUCGAAAAGUGGAAGAAUUAGAGAUCAUUCAUUGACAACUUUAAAACUAGAAGAAUCGGACGACUUCUCUUCCGUCUCAUCUUAUACGCUCAGACAAAAGACGCCUGUGUUAUACUUCUUUAUUCGUUCCUGUAUGGGGCCAGGACCGGUUGAAUUUGAAGUAUCUUUGAACAGGAAUGUUCUUCUAAACACCCGUGUCAUGAGCACAGAAACCCUGUCCAUCAAUGAUGCACCUAAUGGUACUUAUACUUUUACUGUGUCUUCCUUGGUCCGUCAAACUCGAGAAGUACAGCUCUUUGUAAGCCGAAGAUACUGGAAGUUUCCAUUUCCAGACCUUCCUAAAGAUAAGAGGAUCUUAGUUUUCGAUUCUCUCACCACGUGUGAUUCCGUGAUGCUGGCAUGGCGAGCUUCUUCCGAUGAUAAGGUAAGGUACUGUAUCUACCAAAGUAACGACACAAGAAACCUUAUGCCUCUUUUUUCGUGCGAACCAAAAUACGAACAUGGAUACAAUCGCGAAGAAGUCAUGUGUCGUAGAUAUAAUCGUUACAGCAGACACAGAAUCCAAGACCUGAUCAUGCAAAAGGUGAGAGGAUUAAAGCCCGGGAACAGUUAUGUUUUUGAAGUUCAUGUAACAAAGGCUCGAGGGGACACUUUACCGUACGAACAAGUGUUGGCCACAACGAGGAAACACUGUACUUCCUACAGGCGAAAUCGGUGACAAGAGCGUAGAGAAAGCACUGAUUAUUGAAAAUCUCUGCUAUGGCUAGGUUGAACAGGAAUCUGGUAACAUGUAGUGUUGUUCUAAACCAGUGAACUAUGCAUACUAUUAGACCACCGGAACGUUUGGUGAGUUUGUUUUUAUGGAGAGAAUAGAAGGACUCUGAUUUGUGUGAGAGAUCAAACUAAAUACCAGUGUUAAUCGGUAAAUGCGUUUUUUUCUCAUUUUGAAAAUGGAACUUGCUUAUAAGCCGAAAUCAAUAUUUCAAUACGCAUGUUAUUUCUUCUUUAAACAAGGAAAAACUUAUCUUGAUAAACGUACAAAAUGGUAAGGCAUGCGUCAUAGCUGAUCAAGCAGAGACAUUCAUUAGAAAGAAACUCAGACCAAAGAAAACAGAGUGCCAAAUGUAACAAGAAUAGGAAGUACAAACUAAAUCAUUGUAAAAAUAAGCCUUUGUUCUUAAACUGCUACUCUUUCCGAUCUCAGCCAAGGUGUUUAAUUAUGGGAAAACUCAAUUUCUGCUUGGCACUGAACCUACUUAACUUGUUCUGUUUAUAUACUUAGAAUAAACCGCAUGUGUUUCGUUCUUCCCAAGUUUCAAUAAUGGUUAGUGAACCAUUAACUUGAUCUGUUUAUAUACUUAGAAUAAAUCGCGUGUGUUUCGUUCUUCCCAAGUUACAAUAGUGGUUAGUGAACCAUUAACUUGAUAUAUUUGUAUACUUAAAAUAAAUCGUAUGUGUUUUGUUCUUCCCAAAUUACAAUAGUAGUUAGUGAAGUACGAACACAUCUGAAUAUGUUGCAAAAAGAAAUAUAGAAUAAAAAAUCAAAAGUAAAUAAUUAUGUAAUUUAUUUUCUGUAAACAUAAUCGAAAUUCACUCCAACCUUUGCAAAUAUUAUUUGCUGUAUUCAUAAUGGUCUGUUCUUAUAAACGUAAUCUUAGUUCACUCUGACUGGUGAAGAUAUUCUUUGAUAUAUUUUUACUGGCGAAUUUCUAUAAACAUAAUCUAUUUUCAUUCUGACUAGCGAAGACAUUAUCUCAUGUAUUCUUACUGGCCAGUUUUUAUAAACGUUAUCUAAGUUCACUCUAACUAGAGAAGACAUUCUCUGAUGUAUUCUUACUGGUCAUUUUCUAUAAACGUAAUCUAAGUUCACUCUGACAAGCUAACAUGUUGCUGAAUUACUAUUAUACGUUGGAUGAGUAUUCUCUGCCCUCGGAGACGAGCAAAAUAUUGAACACUUAGCAGUUUUGCUAAAGUAAACCACUGGCAGAACGCAAGUCAGUCAUCAAGAGCACUACUGAACUUCUAUUCUUUUGCUACCACACAUAGAAAACAACAACAUUAAUGUCCAUAUCUCAUCCUUAGACCUUUCUUCGAGCGAGUUAAGAGUUUUCCUUGGAUUGACGAUUGUAUCAACUGACUAUAUUUUUCACUUUAGUCUUCUUCUUCAUUCGACCUCAAUUCAAUCUAGUUCUGAGGUCAGCCGCUUGGGUAUUUUGUAUUAGCCAAGAACUUUUACACUCGGUUGGCUGCCCUUGACAGCAGUUUUAAAGGGCGAGCAUGGACGAUGACAAGGAUUCGAACCCGCGACAAUCAGAUUGCGAGUCCAGCGCCCUAACCACCAUAUUUUUCACUUUAGUGUUUUCAAUAUCUAUUACUGUUUGAACAGUAAAAUUAGGAUUUGUAGUUAAUCUACAUGUAAUGUGCUUGUCAGUUAUAACAUGUUUAUAAACAGGACUGGCCAGUUUCUCAGA